UAAAAGAAAGACCAGACAUUGGAAGAUCUUUCUAGGCUCAACAACUAUACUACCAACGCAAUCCCAUUUAUUUCAUCCCAUACGUUACUCUGUGAAAAAAAUUAUCAUUCAUCCCCACUUUUAUGGCACGCCACCCAAGGACAUCGCGUUAGUAAAGCUGAGAUCACCAGUUCGUUUCAAGAAGACCAUUCAACCCAUCUGCAUCCCACCCUCCAAGACAGUCUUUGAAAAUGGGACCAUGUGCUGGGUGACUGGCUGGGGAAAAACAAAGGAAGGCAGAAAAUGGAGAAAAUCCUGGUACCUACAGGCUGUGGAAUUGCCUCUCAUUGAUCAAAAGACCUGUGACCUGUACUAUCAUAUAGGAACAAACAUUUCUCCUUCUAUAUCCAGGAUAUAUGAUGACAUGAUAUGUGCUGGCUUUGCAGAGGGCAAGAAGGAUGCCUGUAAGGGUGACUCUGGAGGCCCCUUGGCAUGUGAGGUCAAGGGUAUUUGGCAUCAAGCAGGUAUUGUGAGCUGGGGAGAUGGCUGUGGUAGACCCUACAGGCCUAGUGUCUUCACCAACGUCAGUGUGCACACCGACUGGAUCUUAAGGACAAUUAAAUCAAACACCUUUAGCUUAAUGCCCUCUAAGCUUCUCUUCCUCCUCACUCUACAACUGUCCUAG